CUUGGAACAGCUGCUAUAGAACAGAACUCCGGCCAACACAAGACAAUAUGAUUGUUCGGCAACUAUGUGUGCGGCAAAGCCGCCAGCUCCGGGCUCUUCCCCGUCAGUCGCGCAUUCUGGCCCGAUUCUCUUCGACCGAGACGACUUUCCAGACCCCCGUGCAGACCACCUUCGCGGAGCCUGAAUCCCAAUCAGAGACGCCUUCGCCAUAUAUCCCGGUGCCUGAACCCGUCCGCACUGAAGCAAAUCAGAAUUUGGACAAGGGCCUGGCUCGAAAGAUCCAAUUCCACAGCCUCGGUAGUGAUGUAGUCGGCGCCUAUCUGCCAAAGAGCCUCCUCAACUAUCCCCCGAAAGCCGCCGAUGUUACCCUUGAAAUGCUCCUCGCGAACCAGACACACCUCGGGCACUCGACGUCCCGCUGGAACCCUCAGAACUCCCGCUACAUCUUCGGUAUCAGGGAAGGCGUUCACAUCAUCUCCCUCGAUCAGACGGCGGCUUAUCUACGACGUGCGGCCAAGAUCGUGGAGGAGGUCGCGUAUCGGGGUGGAUUGAUUCUCUUUGCGGGCACGAGAAAGGGACAGAAACGGAUCGUGGUCAAGGCUGCGGAACUGGCUCAGGGAUACCACAUCUUCGAGCGCUGGAUCCCUGGUAGCUUGACAAAUGGUGAGCAGAUCUUGGGCCACUGCGAGAAGAAGAUUGUCAACGGCCUGGAUGAGGAAGUGAAGAUCUGGGAGGAGGAGCUGGCAGAAUAUCAUGCCCUCAAGCCCGACCUGGUUGUUUGCCUGAAUCCCAUUGAGAAUGUUGUCCUCUUGCACGAAUGUGGUCUCAACAAUGUUCCGACCAUUGGUAUCAUUGAUACGGACGCCGAUCCGACCCGUGUCACCUAUCCCAUCCCUGCGAACGAUGACAGUCUGCGGGCCGUGACGUUGAUUGCUGGUGUGCUCGGAAGGGCAGGACAAGCAGGCCAGGAGAGAAGAUUACAGGAAGCCCGGGAGGGUCGCGUGACAUACCCCUGGAUGAAGAGUCUCCGUGUUACUGCGGAAGAGGGAGACGCCUCAGGAGUGAUGCCCUCCGAGACGACUACUGAGCCUGCUCGGAAGUCUAGGACCGCGAGGGAAGAUGAUGACUAGAGUUGGAGUCUUGACAAUUGUUCUUCUUGAUAUCGGUCUGCCUACUGUGAACUUUGACUGGGAUGUAUUGUAUAGGACGCUGUAAAUUUCAUUUUUCCCUGGUGUUAUCAUGUAUCAACAAUGCUAUUGAAUUAUCUUCUGGUCUUAGCUACUGCCGGAUCUGGCGACCGUGUGUCGGCAAAUCUUCUCGAUUCGCUAUCCUGAGGCUUGCUGACGGUCAUGGUCUGAACGCUAACACUACGUGCAGGUAGGUC